AUGAAGAUGAGGAGUUUCAUCAUAAUGGCUUAUCUAUGCCAUGGAAUGCUCAGCUUGGAAGGCCUGGAAACUUCAGAAAGACUUGACACUAACUAUAAACUGGACCCGGAGUGUUUUAUGAAUAUUAGUGAAAUUAUCCAUUUCCAUAACUAUCCAAGUGAGGAAUAUCAUGUUGAAACAGAAGAUGGAUAUAUACUUCUCAUUAACAGAAUACCACAUGGAAGGCAUAAUGGUGCAUGUAAAGUUGCACGGCCGGUUGUGUUUUUGCUACAUAGUGUCCUUGGAGAUGGUUCCCACUGGAUUUCUAACCAGCCCCACAACAGUUUUGGUUUCAUAUUAGCAGAUAAUGGUUAUGAUGUUUGGCUUGGAAAUAGCAGAGGAAACAUCUGGUCUUCAAAUCAUAAGACACUGAAGCCGUGGCAGAAGGAAUUCUGGAGCUUUAGUUUCCAUGAGAUGGGAUACUAUGACAUUCCAGCAGUCAUAAACUUUAUCCUGAACAAAACCAAACAGCAGCAGCUUUAUUAUGUGGGCCAUUCAGAAGGCACAACUGCUGGUUUCAUCUCAUUCUCUUCUUGGCCAGAACUGGCUGAAAAAAUCAAAGUUUUUUUUGGAAUGGGACCUAUAGCCACACUAACAUAUGCUACAACUCCAGUAUUAAAAAUCUGGGUGUAUCCUCCACUGUUUCGGGUAAGUACCUAUGUUGAUGUAUAA